AUGACCUGGAUAAAUGAGAACCUUCACAGACAUAUUGCAACACAUUUUGGGGGGAAAACCCUUAAACUUGUACGAGAAUAUGAAAAGACAGCAAGAAAACUGGCAGACUAUAGAAACCACCUGCGCUUCAACCUCAGAUGCCGAAAACAGGGGCUGGUACCAUUCAGCAUCAGUUUGGACUCCACGGUGAAGGGUCACAGAGCUGAGAUGAUUCUACAGAAAGCCCAGAAGCAACUACUAAAUGAACGGGUACGACAGACCCAUUUCACAGUUGAAGCCUUGAAACAAACUAUCAGUCACCUGGAAGAGGACCUGAUUUUGCAGCUACCCACUGAAAUGUGGAGGAAAGUAGCAGAUUUCACAGUACAUGCACAGCUAGCUCAGCACACUAAGAGCAAGGAGAGGCAGAAGAACAAGUUCAGCAUUUUGUUAUCCCGAACUGCAAACAGCCAUACCAGUGAGGAACUGACAUGGAGGCGAAAGGAGGAAACAAGGACAGUGCAAAACAAAGAGAAAUGGGUGCAGAAUCUUUCAGACCGGGUUCUCACCCACCCUGAGAUGGAUGUCCUUGUGAAAGGGUUGAAUUUCGCAAUCACACCAAGAACCAUACCAAUAGUUGAUAUUAUUUCAGCCACUGAAGCCUCAAUCCACUGCAACAAAGUACCCCAGGGUGAGGCUGAACAACUUUGCCUUAAAGUGUCUGCAGCUCUGGCCAGUGCCAAACCACCUCCUUCAAACUUGACUAGAGAAGAAAGGAAGGCGGUUACAUCCCUGAAGAAAGACACAAACAUCACCAUCCUGCCUGCGGAUAAAGGAAGAUGCACAGUUGUACUUAAUACAUCUGACUACGAUGCCAAGGUGACCACACUCCUGGAUGAUAACAACACAUAUGAGGCCCUAAGACGAGACCCAACCAGUGGCUACAAGAAGAAGGUUAUAGAACUACUACAACAACUAGAAAAGGACAAAAUCAUUGAUUGGGCCAUGUAUCAUCGCCUCUACCCUGGGGAAGCCCCUCCAUGUAUUUAUGGACUUCCUAAGAUACAUAAGGACGGGACCCCUCUCAGGCCAAUUGUCAGCAGCAUCAACUCUGUGACCUACAAUGUGGCCAAAUACUUAGCCAGAAUCCUAGCGCCCUUGGUUGUAAACACACAACAUCACAUACAGAACUCUCAAGAUUUCACCACCAAAAUCCAGAACUUGGUAUUGGGCACAGAAGAAACAAUGGUCUCCUAUGAUGUUACAUCCCUCUUCACCUGCAUACCCACUACAGAGGCAAUUGAAACAGUCAGGAAACAGUUGCUAUUAGACAACACCUUAGGAUGCAGAACAGAACUUAGCCCAGACCAAGUGUGUGCCUUACUGGACCUUUGUCUGAGUACCACCUACUUCAAGUAUAAGGACAAGUUCUACAAGCAAAAACAUGGCUGUGCUAUGGGAUCGCCAGUCUCGCCUAUUGUAGCGAACCUGUAUAUGGAGGAAGUAGAAUGGAAAGCCCUGACCACUUUCAAGGGAAUUACACCGAGUUAUUGGUUCAGAUAUGUGGAUGACACUUGGGUUAAAAUUCAUAAACAAGAGUUACAGGCUUUCACCGACCACAUCAACUCAGUGGAUCAUAACAUCAAUUUCACGCGGGAAGAUAUGCAGAACAACAAAUUGGCGUUUCUGGACUGUCUUAUAACAGUGGAAGAGGGAAGGAAGCUGGGAAUAGAGGUCUAUCGAAAACCAACACACACAGACCAGUACCUGCUAUUUGAUUCCCACCAUCCUCGAGACCACAAACUGGGAGUCAUCCAGACUCUACACCACCGGGCAGAGAAAAUCCCCACCAGCACAGAGGCCAAGGCGAAGGAACUCAAACACCUCAGAGGGGCACUUAAAACUUGUGGGUAUCCAGUUUGGGCCUUUGUCAAAACAGAAGGAAGCAGAAGAAAGACCCCCAAGACUACCAGUGAGGGCGAGAAGCAUGAUAGACGCAAGAAUAUGGUUAUCCCAUAUGUAGCUGGGGUGUCUGAGAAACUCAAAAGGAUUUUUAAUAAACAUCACAUUCCUGUUUGCUUUAAACCCAGCAACACACUGAGGCAACAACUGGUUCACCCCAAAGACCCAACGCCUAAACACAAGAUGGACAACAUUGUGCACGCAGUCCAGUGCAAUGAGGAAUGCUCAGAACUGUAUAUGGGCGAAACAAAACAACAACUACAUCAGCGUAUGGCUCAGCAUAGAAGAGCCAAAACCUUUGGUCAAGAUUCAGCCGUGUACUUACAUCUAAAAGGAACAGGUCACACCUUUGAAGACAGUCAAGUACGUGUUUUGGAUAAGGAGGCCGAUUGGUACAAACGAGGCGUGAAGGAGGCCAUCUCCGUAAAAAUGGAGAAGCCAAGCUUGAAUAGAGGUGGGGGGGUUAGACAUCUAUUGUCUGCCACAUACAAUGCUGUCCUUUGA